GAACAUUGUGCUGGCAUCACACCUCAAGCCCCUAGAGAAAAAGGACAAGAUGGGCCAGAGGAGGAACGUGCUGUGGAAUCCCUGUGCAGCCCAUGCCAAGGCGCCGCAAGGCAGCGAUGUGGAAAUACCCCAGGAGCUGGAUCAGCUGCCUGGAACCUCUGCUGAAUUUUACAGAGAUUGGCGCAGAUGCUUAAAAAGCAGAAAACUGAAAUACCAGUUUUUGCUGGAACUCGGAGGGGAGGCCUUGGGCAGAAUCUUUCAGGCUGACUUGGGCUAUGGCCUCCUGGGUGAAUUCCUUACGGUGCUGGCAGAGAAUGUCUGUCAUGAAGACAGAGCUGCCAUCCUUCAGAUCUUACAGAGCCUAUCGGGCACCAAGCGCUUCGGGUUAAACCUGGAUCUCCUGAGUGAGCUGGAGAAGGAGAGCAGCAGGGAUUUGUUUAGGAAGCUGUGGAGCAUGAGCAGGGAGUGUUGGGCCCCCGGCCAUCCCAGCAGCACAGCCGGCUGUGAGGCAGAGGGGGAAGCCCACCUCAUGGAUGCCAGCUUGCAAAAGGAAACCGAGGAGGAAAGGAGAGUGCUGGAGUUGAUGAAAUGUUACCAGAUCAACUGA